AUGACCAACAAAGAGAAUGCAAACUCCGUUACACACUUUAUCCUCCUAGGCUUCCCCUCAAGUCCAGAAAGGCAGCUGAUCUACUUUGGGCUGUUCUCAGUAGCUUACAUUCUGACCAUCUUGGGGAACACAGCCAUUGUCUCUGCUGUGCGAGCAGACCAGCACCUUCACACCCCCAUGUACAUCUUCUUGGGGAAUUUCUCUCUCCUGGAAAUAUGUUACGUCACUACAACUGUCCCCAAUAUGUUGAAAAACUUCCUCUCUACAAACAAGUCCAUAUCUUUUGUAAGUUGUUUUGCACAAUUCUACUUCUUCUUUUCGUUUGGGUACGAUGAGGGCUUCUACCUUUGCAUCAUGGCCUUUGACAGGUAUCUUGCCAUCUGCUACCCUCUCCAUUAUCCAUGCAUCAUGACUAGACAGCUCUGCACUGGCCUGCUUUUCUUUGGAUGGUCCUGUGGCUUCAUCCUCUUUCUAACUCCAUUUGUUUUCAUUUCACAGUUACCCUACUGUGGCCCAAAUAUUAUCAAUCAUUUUGUGUGUGACCCUGUUCCACUGAUGAUGCUGUCUUGUUCUAAGGACAUCACCACCCACUUCGUUUAUUCUUUUUUCAAUGCUUUCUUCAUGAUUGGUACUUUCAUUUUUAUCAUUUGCUCUUAUGCUCUCGUGAUUUGGGCUGUGGUACAAAUGCCUUCAGCAGCAAGCAAGCACAAGGCUUUCCUGACGUGUGCUUCUCAUUUAGUAGUUGUUAUCCUUUUUUAUGGCUCUAUUAUGGUGAUGUAUGUUGGUCCUGAAUCUGGACGCACAGUGAAGAUGCAAAGAAACAUUACCUUGUUUUAUUCUGUGAUCACGCCUCUAUGCAAUCCUCUAAUAUAUAGCUUGAGAAACAAAGAGAUGAAGGAUGCACUGAGGAAAAUGUUUAAGAUUGAAAAAGUUGUCCUUAAAGUAUAA